GGCCCAGUCUGGGGUUCAGAGGGGACGUGUGGACACUGGCUCAACUAAAAGCCCGAAGCUUCACAUACUCUACUUUUGCAGCCUCCAGCCUAUUCCUUACGAAUCCCCGUGGUAACGAACGUGCCUCGCGCACGGGCCCUGUCUCAAACCCCGUCGCCGCUCCGCCGCCCGCGGAGGCUAGAUUCCCGUACGUCACACGGAGGGAAGGGGCGGUGCCUUGCGUCUCUCGCGUUGAGGCGGGUCCCAGCAGGAGCCGAGUGUGGACGUUCGCCGCGGGGGCUGGGGUAGCUGGGAGACUGGUCUCUCACGUAGUGCGAGGCCCUGUCCCUCACUGUUCCCGUCCUUCUCCCUGUGGUAGCCGAUGCUGAGUGGGCAGCUGGUCGGACGCUUCUUCUCCAUGGCCGGCCGCGUCUGUCUGUCCCGGAGCAGCGCGGGAUCGGGGGCCGUCGGUCCCGUCGAGGCCGCCAUUCGCGCGAAGUUGGAGCAGGCCUUGAACCCCGAGGUGCUGGAGCUGCGUAACGAGAGCGGCGGCCACGCGGUCCCACCAGGCAGUGAGACCCAUUUCCGCGUGGCAGUGGUGAGCUCGCGCUUUGAGGGACUGAGUCCCCUCCAAAGGCAUCGGCUGGUCCACGCGGCGCUGUCGGAAGAGCUGGCUGGGCCAGUCCACGCGCUGGCCAUACAAGCGCGGACCCCUGCCCAGUGGAGGGAGAACCCUCAACUGGACACGAGCCCCCCCUGCCUGGGCGGGAGCAAGAAAACUCGAGGAACUCCUUGAAUCCUGAGAGAGAGGGAGAACCAGGAUCCAAAUGGGUUGGGGUGGCUGUACCAUUCUGCCGUCCCAUCAACAAUGUGCAAGGGUUCCAGUUUCUCCACAUUUUGCCAACACUUUUUUUUGAUAAUCGCUAUCCUGACAAGUGUGAGGUAGUAUCUCAUUGUGGUUUUGACUUGCACCUCCCUGAUGAUCAGUGACAUAGAGCAUUUUUUCAUAUU